UAGAGUGACGAACGUUAAUGCGUCGACAAACGCAAUGAAAAUAGUGAAAGUUUCGCAAGAAUUUUUUGUGCAUCUUUAAACAUACAUGCAUGCACCUUUAUAGCGUACUAUUUGGUUUGCAUUGCAGAGAAUCGAGACGUGUUAUAAGAAAAUAUGGGCCUUCGGGAUAAGUUUCGCAAAUUUAAACAUAGUAGUCCUGCAAAAGGCAUCGAAUUGCGAAAGAGAAACGUACAGCAGAAUUUUAAUUCAUCAUCAGUUCCAGUUAGUGAGCAAACAUUGCAGAUGUGGCGCACCCUUCCAGCUCAAAUUCGCCACGAUCCCAGCAUGGCUUCAUUUAGAAUGGAAAAUGAACGAUUUCGUGAAUGCACCUUAUCCCACGCUAUGGAAUCUUGUGAAGAUUUUGAGCAAAGUCAGGCAGACUCACAAUUUAUAACAAUGAAAAACAUUUCGCACACAAAUCACAUCGAUCUGGAUGAAAAAAGUAAGCAAGAUGACGGAUUGCUCUGCCAUCGUGCGUUAAAUCAACUAAAAGAUGGCGAAAUAAAAAUUGAGAAACUAAAACGUCAGCAUGUAAAAAUUACAAAAAGAAUUUGUUUAUUGCUAUUUUGGAUAUUUGCUGUUGCGGUGUUCAUGUUGGUUGAGGAGAAGCAUUUACUGGAGAAGACUCUUGAAGUGCCUUAUGAACGAGAUAAGUAUUUCAUGCUAUGGCAGAAGCCGACCGGCGAUUUCAAAUUAAACAUUUUUGGUACAUUCAAUGAAACGGUAUAUGACGUCAAUGACACCGAAAAUUAUUUAACAAUACAACCACAAAUAUCACAUUCUGGUGAAAUAAAUAACAUUUCUAAUUUUAAGGAUGUUUUGCAAGUCUGGUUUGUGCCCCUGGUAAAUGAGGAGAUCUUGGACUACGCACCGGUAUUAGUAAAAAAUAAAACCUACAAAAUGACAGAUGAAUUGUUGGAAAACUUAUCGGAGGAGGAAUGCGUAUUUAGGCUAAAAAUCUCUACAAACAUGAAUACAGAUUUGGCGAUUAAACUCAUUUACAAUCCUUUAAUUAUGAACAUUAGAACGGGCGCUUUGCUUGCUGCUUUAAUUCUGAUGACAUUCUACGCUCUGUUGAUCUGGGAGAUAUUUGAGCGAACAUUUAUAGCGAUCGUCUGUUCGAUAUUAUCAAUUGCGGUGUUGGCUUGUUUCAAUGAUCGCCCCAAUAUGGAAGAAAUCGUAGAAUGGAUGAAUAUGGAAAUGUUAACUUUGCUGUUUUGCAUGAUGAUCAUCGUGGCUGUUCUAACAGAGACGGGAGUCUUUGAUUACAUAGCUGUUUUAGCCUUUGAAAUUUCGGGCGGCAAGACGUGGCCUAUGAUCUACAGUCUAUGCUUUAUAACUUGCUUUGUGUCGAGCUUUUUGGAUAACAUGACCACCGUAUUGCUAAUGACUCCGGCGGUUAUUAGAUUGUGCGAAGUGUUGAAUCUUGAUCCUGUGCCAGUGUUAAUGGGCGUGAUAGUUCACUCUAAUAUAGGCGGUUGUUUAACACCGAUCGGAGAUCCCAUAAGUAUUAUAAUAUAUUCGAACCACUUCAUGACCUCACAUGAUAUUACGUUUAUGAAAUUUGUGGGCCAUACUUUACCUGGUGUCGCUUUAACUGCAAUCCAAAGCUGCAUUUACUUGCGAUUGAUUUUCCGCGAUAUUAAUUCACUGCGCCUGAAUGAACCCAAGGAGAUAAAGGAGCUGCGUCGUGAAAUACGUGUUUGGUACAAGGCAGCCAAUUCGAUUUCCUCAUUUUCCAAGGACGAUGACUCGGUGCGCGAAACCAUCCAGCGAAAGGUUCGCAUUUUGAAGAACGCAUUAAAACGAAAAUUACGCGAGUUAGAGAUUACGGAUGCUUACGUUCACACCUUGGAAGAUUUGAAGUUGAAAUAUCCAAUAAAAAAUAAGACACUGCUUAUCCAAGCGAGCGGCGCGCUCGUAUUUGUCAUUGUUUGUUUUUUCAUACAAUCAGUGCCACGGUUAAGAACUCUACCUAUGGGAUGGGUCGCGUUAUUGGGAAUAAUUGCUUUGCUGAUAAUUUUAAAUCGCGACGAUAUCGAUGAAUUAAUGCAUAGGAUAGAGUGGACGACUUUAUUGUUUUUCGCUGCGAUGUUCGUGAUGAUGGAAUGCGUUGAACGAUUGGGUCUUUUCGACUGGAUUGGCCAGCUUACGGAGUCCAUAAUAUUAUGCGUGGACAAACGAAAUCGCUUGGCUAUGUCUAUUUUUAUAAUAUUAUGGAUGUCGGCCUUGGCAUCAGCCAUUUUAGAUAGUGUACCUGUAACAGUCAUGAUGGUGAAAUUAGUCACAUCAUUGGUGGCCAAAUCAACGUUGGACUUGCCGCUGGAACCGUUGGUUUGGUCUUUGGCCUUUGGCCCAGCCUUGGGUGGCAAUGGGACCCUCUAUGGCGCUUCAGCUAAUGUUAUUUCAGCUGGUAUUGCCGAGCAGCAUGGCUAUAAGAUUUCAUUUACACGUUAUUUGAGAAUUGUUUUCCCGAUGAUGUUGGCUCAGAUUACCAUCAUUACCGGAUAUUUAUUUAUUUCUCACAUUCUAUUCGAGUGGCAUUAAAUGCUAAGAAGACUUUAAAGAAAAUAAUGGCAGUCUAUUAGAAACCACGUACUUAACGUACUUAAUGAGUAUGCGGCAGAUUCUCGAUCGCUAUAGAAGUAAAUCCACCUAUAAAAAGUUAAGAAAUCUUUUUACAUUUUUGCAUUACGUAUAUAUGUAAACUGUAAGCAGACGCGAUGCUUAUAAAAGAAAUGCUGUAAAGUAAUUAAAAACGAUAAUGAUAAUACCAAUAUAUGUGUUGUGUGUAUGUAUAAAAGUUA